CUUUCUUUUUUUUUUUUAAGAAUACCAAUGGUGCCUGAUCAAUCCAAAGAAACGAUUACAACCAAGACAGCACCAAAAGGUCUUGCAGCCAUGUUUGGUGGAUCCAUGCCCUCGAAGUACCAGUCACCGACUAAUAUAAAGAAUUCUUUUACUGCCACAUCUAUGACCAAUAAUGACGAUCCUGGACAAGGUGGUGGUAGCUGGAAAUCAGUCUCAAAACGAAAAGGUGGAAUGUCCUUGGCAUCAAGAGCAAGAUUACAAGGAAAAGAAGUUACCAUUACUGCUAGCAGAAGAAAGACUCAUAUGGAUGACGAUCAAGAUAUUGCUAUGGGUGAAUCUGGAAAGAAAAAAGCGAAACGAUAUUCUCCUUAUAUUGGCAAAAAACCUAAGGUCAAAGCACCAAUAGAGCAACGUGUUGAUGUUUUGAUUCAAGGAUUUGAACCUGGUACUGAAGCUGGUGUGAUUCAAUUUCUUCAAAUCAAGUCAAAGAAGGAUUGGCAACCUUUAGACUGCAAGGUGGAAGGUGGAGAUAUGUUAUUAACUGUGAAUGGGAAUAUAAUUGCUGGUAUAUUGACAAGAUUGGAUGGCUAUAUGCUUGGAACACAACAACUUCAUAUUCGGCUUUAUAAUACGGAUACAGCAGCAGCAACACCUCUAUCUACAUCUAAUGACAAUAAGAAACAAACAACAAUGGAUAUAUUACGUACCUUUUUGAAAUCAAGAUGGAACAGUAGCAUGGGAUAUCUGAAUUUAGAGGCUAUGUAUGCAGAUCCUAUUUUGAAGAAGAAUGGUAUUCGACCUCCUGGAGCGAAUGGUGCGUCACCUGUGGUUGGUCCUGCUUUGAUGAAAUUGGCAAGUGAAAUGUUCCAAAACGAUGUCAUUACACUUUCCUUUGCCAACAACCGGUUACACAAUGUACAAUCAAUCUCGACUGUAUCUCAAUACUUACCUCAUGUUCAAAAUCUCUCAUUACAAGGUAAUAGCAUCAAGGCAUUUGAAGGAUUGGAGGCCCUUUCUGGUACUGGUAAAUUACCUCACUUGCGUGAAUUAGUCAUGGGUGGUAAUCCUAUAGUAGAAUCUGAAAUCAAGAAAUAUGGAAAUGAUCGAGGUUAUCUUCGCAAUAUGGUGAAACGUUUCCCUAGCUUGGUACUAUUGGAUGGUCAACCUGUUAAUCUGUCUGAAGAAGAGACACAAUCCAUUUUGAAAACUGGUAAAGUUUUACCCUUGGAUACCAAACACAAUCUUUUUGAUUCUGAAGAAACACGUUUGAUUGCCAUGCCAUUUGUGAUGAACUAUUUUACAACAUUUGAUGCCUCACCUAGUCAGCGUGGCGCCUUGAAAGCGAUCUAUGCUCCACAAGCAACCUUCUCAAUCUCUACUCUACUCAGAUUACGUAGUCAUAACAAGAUUCGACGAAAAGAAAAGAAGAAAUUGAUGACCGACGAUGAUAAUUUGGAAUGGACUAGCUUGAAUAGAAACUUGAAACUACAAAAGCAAAAACAAGGAACGAAAGGAUUGGUUAUUGGACAAGAGGCUAUUGGAGAAACAUUACAACGACUACCUCCUACCAUUCAUGAUUUCAACAACACCAAGGAUUUUGUAAUGGAUGCUCAUCAAACAAUCGCAGGCUUAGUCUUGACGAUCCAUGGUGAAUUCAAGGAAGAUGAAAAAGCGACUCCUUAUUCUUUUGAUCGGACCUUUACCCUUCAACCCUCUUCACCGGAUUCUUCUGCCGCGAUUGCUGGUAGUGCUUUGACCAUUGUUGCUGAUAUGUUUACCAUUCGUGAUUAUAUUGGAAAUCAAGGAUUUCAACCUCAUCUUCAUCAAUCAGGUCAAAGCGUCUUUGCAUCCAUGCCAUCCCUUCCUACUGUACCUAUCUAGUUUAUCCCUAUGUUUUUCAUCCCCCCUACUUUUUUUUUUAUCUAUUAUUACAUCAUCAUCAUAUUAGUAUUAUUCAUCUUGGCUUUUCCUUAUAUUCUAUUCAUAUAUCAUUUAUCAUUAUUUUAUAUAUAAUCUCUAGUAUUAUGAUUCAAAUAUUCAUCCUCUUCAUUCAAAGUAGAAAUAAAAAGCAUCAGUUCCAAUAUAUA